AUGAGUAUUGGUCUUGAAAAUUGUAGUACAGAGAAUAGUACUGAAUUUUAUUCUCACUGUACUUCAAUUUGUAACGAGAACGAUGAAGCAUUUAAACUUUUAAUAUCCUUCAAUAAUAAUGAUAUUUUUGGUUGUGGAUUAGUUUAUCCUCCGACUAAUUUGACGAAUGAAUUUCCUUAUAUUUUCUUUACAAAAAAUGGAAAACAAAUUGGUAAGGGUAUAUUAUUGAAAGAAUAUUCGGACUCAUACCAACCACACGUUUGGCUUAAAAGUUGUUCUGUUGAAGCAAAUUUUGGUGAUGAUUUGGAAACUAAACCAUUUACUUAUGACAUCUCAAAACAUACAAUUCUUAAAGAAUUUUAUUGA